AUGAGCGACUUACCUCUUCUUGGCGGCACCCGCGAACGGCCACAGUCUUACAUAGCCAACAUUUCCAAAGCAACUAAGCUCACACUCAAGUCAUCGCCAGUCAAUUACUUAUUGGUGUUUGUUCCACUAGGACUAUUAGCAGGACAUCUUGGAUGGAAUGCAAGUGCUAGGUUUUGGCUCAAUUUCUUAGCCAUCAUUCCAUUGGCUUCCAUCUUGGCCUAUGCCACUGAGGAGAUUAGUGAGUUUGUGGGUCAGACCGCUGGUGGAUUGUUGAAUGCCACUUUUGGCAAUGCAGUUGAGUUGAUUGUCUCAAUUAUUGCAUUGAAGGAAAACCAGGUUCGUAUUGUUCAGGCAUCAAUGUUGGGCUCGAUCUUGAGUAACUUGUUGCUAGUGCUUGGUUGCUGCUUUGUUGCUGGAGGUAUCACUAGAGUACAGCAAACAUUUAAUCAGACUGUAGCCCAAACAAUGUCGAGUUUGAUGGCAUUGGCCACUGCCUCAUUAUUGAUUCCUGCUGCGUUCCAUGCCUCCUUACCAAAACCUAAAAAAACUGGUGUAUUCCCCGAGCCUGGCAGCACUGAUAAUUUGAUCUUGGACUUGUCAAGAGGCGUCAGUGUGAUUUUGUUGAUUGUUUAUUUGUUUUACUUGUUGUUUUCAUUAAAGACACACAAGUCAUUAUUCGAGGCCACCAAUGAGGCGGAAAAUGUUUUGGACAAUGGUCAUGACCACAAUGAUUCUGGGGAUGACAUCAUUACCGCAAGUGCGCACAAGGAUGAAACCAAUGAACACUUGACAGUUACCGAGGGAUUAGCAGUGUUGUUGUUGACUACGAUUUUGGUUUCUUUAUCGGCAGAUACAUUGGUUGGAUCAAUCGAUGAGAUUGUGGAAAAGUCAGGGUUGUCAAAGACAUUUAUUGGUUUGAUUGUUAUCCCCAUUGUUGGUAAUGCAGCAGAACACGUUACUGCAAUCAUUGUUGCAAUGAAGGAUAAGAUGGAUUUGGCAAUUGGUGUUGCAGUGGGAUCAUCGUUGCAAAUUGCAAUCUUUGUUACCCCAUUCAUGGUCCUUGUUGGGUGGGUUAUUGAUGUGCCAAUGUCCCUUUACUUUUCUACAUUUGAGACUGCGAUACUUUUUGUUAGUGUUUUCAUCACAAACUUGGUAAUCUUGGAUGGUGAGAGUAAUUGGUUAGAAGGUGCGAUGUUGUUGAGCACAUACUUGAUUGUUGCUUUGGCCUUUUUCUAUUAUCCCGACUCAGCGGGGUUGUAG